AUGGCCCCAGUAGCAGUCGCUCCUCCCCCCGAGGGAGCCUUCAACACCAAGCGCGAUGGCCAAGCGCUCGAAGCAGUGUCCGACGACAUCGACACGGUCAACGUGCUCAAGUCACAAAUCAAGGACCAAAAGGCAGCAGCCGAUGCCGAAAAGGGCCUGUACGAGGCCUCCGAGUUCGACCAGAGCAAGGACAAGACGCAGUUCCGCCAGUAUGAGAAUGCCUGCGACCGCGUCAAGAACUUUUACGCCGAGCAGCACACCAAGCAGACAGUCGCGUACAACCUCAAAGCGCGCAAUCAGUUCCGUGCCAAGACGCGCGCUCGCAUGACUGUCUGGCAGGCUAUGGAGAAGCUCAACACGCUCAUCGAUGAGUCUGACCCUGACACCUCGCUCAGCCAGAUCGAGCAUCUGCUGCAGUCCGCCGAGGCGAUCCGGCGCGACGGCAAGCCGCGCUGGAUGCAGCUGACAGGCCUGAUCCACGAUCUGGGCAAGCUGCUUUUCUUCUUUGAUGCGCAGGGUCAGUGGGAUGUUGUCGGGGAUACUUUCCCUGUUGGUUGUGCCUUUGACGAGCGCAUCAUCUACGGCCGCGACAGCUUCAAGACCAACCCGGACUUUGGCCAUGAGGUGUUUGAUAGCAAGUUUGGCAUCUACGAGCCGGGCAUUGGCCUUGAAAAUGUCAUGAUUAGCUGGGGCCACGACGAGUACUUGUACUACGUCGUCAAGGAGCAGUCGACUCUGCCCGACGAGGCCCUCGCCAUGAUCCGCUAUCACUCGUUUUACCCCUGGCACAACGCCGGCGCCUACCACGAGUUGAUGAACGACAAGGACCACGAGAUGCUCAAGGCCGUCAAGGCCUUUAACCCCUAUGACCUGUACAGCAAGAGCGACGACCUGCCCAAGGUUGAGGAGUUGCGGCCAUACUAUGAGGAGCUCAUUGAUGAGUAUUUCCCAGAGAAGGUCCUCAACUGGUGA